AUGGGUAUAAGAAAUUUCACCACUGACGGUGAGGAGAUCCUGGUGGACGGCUCUUUGGCCAUGGAGCUCCAGCAUCUGCUCCAAGAACGCACAUGCGAGCUACGCCGCCGUGCUCUCCACCUUCAAUUUGACCAAUAUAUCCCUGGAUGGGAUGAUCUAGCUCGUUGCUGCCUCGCAGGUCGCACGGUAGUACGACUGGAAAGCACUUUGCACCAUUUUCGCUUUCCCAUCGCGUACAUGGUAGAGCCGGAGCGGAAGUCGAUUACUCUGAGCCAUACCGAUUUGCCGCCAUACAGUGAGAUUGAAAUGUUCAUAGCUUCGCCGAAUGGUAAAGUUACUCGGUAUUUCUUGCUGUGUGAUGAGAUUCAUCCACAGGUCUUACGCCAACACAAGAUCGAGUUCGGCUUUCGGCCUCGAGGCAUGUUCAUCCUUGGGGUGUUCUCCGCGGAACAAGCCAACUCAUUGAUUGAGGAGACGUGGUUGUUCCUUGAGGAUGUCUACAAUGGCACACAGACCAUGUGGACUUCCUCUUCUGGAGAUAAAGUUAUAACUGCAAGUCACUGGGAUGAGACCCAAGGACCCCAAGCAAACCAGACAUUGCCCUCGCAAGGGCAUCCGCGUCGGCCAGUACCUUUCCACCCAAUUUUGGCAAGGCGAUGGUGCGGCCCACGCAUCACCGCGGUCGAUGACACAUUUGAUGCUGACUCGGGGUUCGACCCUGGGGUUGAGCGCCAUAUGCAACCGCAAUUGCAACCGUAUAACCCCUACGGAGACAUCAUAUUUCUGAGUCCCGGGAUUCCAGAUUUGAUCGGCUUUGCUCAAUUCGACCGACGCUCUGAUUUUGUUGAGGUUGAGAGGAUUUACCUUGCUGAAUAUCCCGCUGAGCCCAGUCAUCCUGGAGAAUGCCGUGAGUACGAGAGGCGUUACCAUCGGCAAAAUCCUUGGUUAUAUAAGAAGGUCCCAUACAAUGUGCCUCAGGUGGCUCAGGCAGGUGUUGACUAUCCGUUCCGGCCCUCGUCGUAG